UUUCGGUCACUUCUCUUUCUCUAUAAAACCCCUCAACUCCUUAGUUCCUCAAUCCCUCCCAUUCUCAUCUCCAUUCUCAACAAUCUUAGCUUCAUUGAUUUGGUUAGUGUGUUCUUGAGCUUGGAUUGGAUCUUUUUGAUAUCCUUUUCCAUAUAGUUUAGUGAGCUUUGUGUGUAUUGGUGGUGGUGGUGGUGGGGGUGAGGGUGUUUGAAAUUCUUGGAGUGUGGCUUGUGGAGAAGAAUGAUCCUGAUUUACAAGGGUUGCAUCCUUAGGAAAGUUUGUUCUGUUUUGGAGAAACUUAUUGUUGAGAAAAGCUUCUACUUUUGGAUUUUUCAAAUCUUUAAUAGAUAUAGUUUGGGCAUUUAGUUUUGUGUUUAGUUUGUUAGCUUUGUGUAGAACUUGGUUUUUCUUUUUCAAGCUUGUUGUUCUUUGGUUGGAGUAGUUUAUAGCUAGGUAGAUAAUGAGUCACAUGUCGCUUCCACCGGGUUUUCGCUUCCACCCGACGGAUGAUGAGUUAGUGGGAUAUUACUUGAAGAGGAAAGUAGAUGGGUUGAAGAUCGAAUUGGAAGUAAUUCCGGUAAUCGAUUUGUACAAGUGUGAUCCGUGGGACUUACCAGAUAAAUCAUUCCUCCCAAAAAGAGACUUAGAGUGGUUUUUCUUUUGUCCACGAGAUCGUAAAUAUCCAAAUGGCUCACGCACAAAUAGAGCCACAGCAUCAGGCUACUGGAAAGCCACUGGUAAAGACCGAAAAAUUGUCUGUGAACCUUCCGUAGCUGCACUCAAGAAGACCCUUGUCUUUUAUCUCGGGAGAGCUCCUGGAGGAGAAAGAACUGAUUGGGUCAUGCACGAAUACCGGCUCUGUGAAGAUCAUUUUCAUGGAGCUUAUAAUUUUGUGGGAGCUUAUGCCUUGUGUCGUGUGGUUAAGAGACAUGAGCAUGCGCAGAAGUUGGGUGAUCUGCAAGGAGAACAUAGAUCAAAAAAGGUGGAUCUCACACCAGCCACAGGUGCCAUUGGCUCAAGCAAAUACUUUGGUGAGGUCUUGAAUGUCUCCGAAGAUAACCACUCUCCAGAAUCAAGCAUAUUCAAGGAAAACAACAAUUUGGCCACUAUAACUUCUCCAGACAGUGGAAUAAGGACGGAGCAAGCAUUGAUUGUGACUGAGAUUGAUCAAACAAGCUUCCAAGUACCAGUUCCAUCUGUUCUUCCCUCAAAUGCUUUGAAGGAUAUGGAUCAUUCGGUGUAUGAAGGCAUAAUGGACCAUUCAACAUUACCAAAUGAGUUCCCCUAAUUUGACUCCUGUAUCCUCUUAUGCAAGCUUUUCAGAGGAUUCCUUCUUGGUUGAUGAACUCAACGGGAAUGUCUGCUUGUCACCUUUUCCAAGUCCAAUACAUUGCAUGGGCAUGUACUCCAAUGAAGAGAACAUUGCUUUAGCAUACAUGAACGCUCCAUUUAGUGAAAUGAAUACAUGGAAUGCAGUAAUGCCACCAGUUAUUUGUCGACAAGCAAGUGAAGAGGAGGUUAACUUGUGGCUCGUGGAAGACAACUUGGUGAUGUGAAAAAUUCUCUCCAAAAGAUCUAAACUUCCGAGACAACUCCUUUUAGUGAUUGAUCUUGGAGUUGAAGUAGCAGCAGUUCAUGUUCAUACAUCAACAGAUCAGGAAAUCUAAUGAUUCUAAUGUGUAUCUCCAGCACAACUUUUUUAAUGCUUGUGCUUGGCUAAUAUGGUUUUUAGUACUCUGGUUUUAUCUUUUAUGCAUCAAGCUAUGAAGCUUGCAAAGUUCUCUUAUUAUCUAUCACUAUGAAAGAACAAUAUCUUAUUAUUAUUGUAUCUCGGGGAAAAGUAAUAAAUAAUA